GGCCCCUCCCCCUGUGCUAAGGAAACAGCCAGUAACUUUCAUUUUCAAGCCUGUGGCUCUCUUCAAGGCAGCAGGAAGGGUCUGAGGCUGUUACCUAUGGCUGAAGACAGACAAGAGAGAAAUCUACUUAAAACUUUGGAAUCUGUGGGCAAAGAGCUCAUUACUGGACUUUCGGUUGGCUUGGUGGAAAAAGAUGUCCUGAAAUUGAAAGAAGAGGAAAGGAAAAAAUUUUAUGAAGCCAAACCUGGAGACAAGCCCUGGGUCUUGGUGGACUCUGUGCGAGACAGACGCCAUGAAGCAGGUCAAAUUCUUUGGCAAGCCUUGUUUAACAUAGACAGAAGUGUCAUCAGUAGAAGAGCUCUUGAGGAAAUUGCGGCUGGACCAGCUGAGUCAGCAGAACCUACGGAUACCCUCAAGCUUUGUCCUCAUGAAGAAUACCUGAGACUGUGUAAAGAAAGGGCUGAAGAGAUCUACCCAAUAAAGGACAAAAAGGAUCGCACUCGUCGGGCUCUCAUCAUAUGCAAUACAGAAUUUGACCAUCUCCCUUUCAGGACUGGGGCUGACUUUGACCUCUCAGGGAUGAAGAGGCUGCUCGAGGAUCUUGGCUACAGUGUGGAUGUGAAAGAGCAACUCACAGCCACGGAUAUGGAGUCAGUGCUGCGGGAAUUUGCUGCCCACCAAGAUCACAGGUCUUCAGACAGCACAUUCUUAGUGUUCAUGUCUCACGGUAUCCUGGAUGGAAUCUGCGGAACAACACAUAGUGAUGAAAAACCAGAUGUGCUACCUUACGACACCAUCUUCCGGCUAUUCAACAACAGGAACUGCCCCAGUCUAAAGGACAAACCUAAGGUCAUCAUUGUCCAGGCCUGCAGAGGUGCAAAUCGUGGGGAAUUGUGGAUCCGUGACUGUCUAGCAGCCUUGGCACCUGAGAACUUGGAGGAGGACGCCGUUUACAAGACCCACGUAGAGAAGGACUUCAUUGCUUUCUGCUCCUCGACCCCACAUAAUGUGUCCUGGAGAGACAUCACAAAGGGAUCUCUCUUCAUUACACAACUCAUCACAUGCUUCCAAAGACACUCUUGGUGCUGUCAUGUAGAGGAAGUAUUUCGGAAGGUGCAACAGUCAUUUGAAAAACCAAGUAUUAAAACCCAAAUGCCCACCACUGAACGACAAUCCAUGACAAGAUAUUUCUACCUCUUUCCUGGCAACUGAAAACAGAAACACAGGCAGCCCAAGCCUUCUUGAUUAGCUUUAAGAAGCAUCUUGUCCAGUCCAGCGCAUGUAGUUAACCUUUUGCUAUUCAACAAAAGUGGAAACAAAUGAACUAUGUCUUUUGGAUCCUCUAAUAGAGAAUAGAAUAUCAAUUAAAAUGGUGGGUGAAUGGAAAAGAAGUGGAAGAAGCUACCAGAUUUUCUAGCUUUAUGACUCAUAGAAUAUCUGCACUUCACUGAGUGAAGAGAACUGGCUAUGACUUGCCGUCAACAAUAGGGUGAGAGGAGAUGUUACCUAUCUGGAGAUGAGGACUGUAAAUUGGUCAGCUACUUAUUUGUACACUCAUCAAACCAUGAGUCUUGAAUGAUCCAGAAGAAGUUUUCUAAUUUAUUACUUAAGUAAUUGCAUAGGUUGAGCUCAUUUUGUCCUUCAGUAAACUAUUAUGAUUUUAGCAAAUUAUUCCUGUAUACCUCUCUUGCUUGCUACUACAAGCUAAUUAAUUUUCUUGUCAAUUAUUUUCUUUGUAGACCUUUGCACAUUCUACAAUAUGGGAAAAUUUUAUGCUUUAGCAAGAACUUGGCAAUUGUCUAAAAUAAAUUGGGCUUUGGUUUAA